GACUGAUCUUAAAGAAAUGACGUGUCAUCGUCGACCGGCUGGCCAGUUGUCUCGCUCCCCAGUGCUAUUGUGAAACGCUUUUUUUUGUGAGGAGUUGCCUCUGUGAGUCACUUUGGUAUCAGCCUCCUAGACGAGAUAUGGUUCAAGUUGCUGGUGAUGUGGUUCAUGAGGUUUUGUGGGUCUAUGGCUUUGGAACAAUCAGAACUGAAUCAACAACACCUUUCUGAAUCCCUCUCAUUAAAUGCCUUGCCCUCAAUUAAUUAUUCUCACUCUCAUUGUCCUCAGUGACCUUACUUCAAUCCCUUCUCUAUUUCCUCCAUCUAGAAUGAUCAGACCAGGCACUCCAGUCAUUCUCUUCCACCUCUUCAGCUUCUUUUCUCAGAGAGAAGCUCUCUCUCAGGAGAUCAUGUACCCCUAUGGGCCUACCUACCGAGAUCUGGAGACACCCAAGAUGGAUGAUGGGAGUUCCACUGAAAUAAUUAUACUCAUGCCAUUCAUUUUUUUCAAUAAUCCCUACCGCUCCAUCUAUGUCAACAACAACGGUGUGAUCUCCUUCGAAGUACAGGUGAGCCAGUUCACCCCCGAGGCCUUCCCCCUGAGUGACAGCAGAUCCUUCAUUGCCCCACUAUGGGCAGACGUGCACAACGGCAUCCGCGGAGACGUGUACUACCGUGAGAGCACAGACCCAGAGCUACUGGAGCGGGCCACUCAAGAAAUCCGCAAGUACUUUAAGAACAUGGCCACCUUCACAGCCACCUGGAUCUUCAUCACAACCUGGCACCAGGUCACCUUCUACGGAGGCAGUCAGACCACCCCGGUGAACACAUUUCAGGCUGUGUUGAUAUCGGACGGUCUGUCAUGCUUUUCCAUGUUCAACUAUGGAGAGAUCAACUGGAGCACAGGCACAGCCAGUGGAGGAGACCCUCUGACUGGUUUAGGUGGUAGCACAGCACAGUCAGGUUUUAAUGGAGGAGAAAUCAGUAACUUCCUCAACCUACCUGGGUCCCGUUCCAAUGCCGUGGUUGAAAUCGAGAGGACGACCAAUGUGAACCUGCCUGGCCGGUGGGUCUUCCGUGUAGACACUGCCCUGAUAGACCCUGCCAAUGGCUGCAGUUACAAUGGGCGGUUCUAUCGGCGUGGUGAGAUCUUCUGGCUGUCCGACCAGUGCUCCCAGCGAUGCCGCUGCCUGGACAUGGACAACGAGGUGCUCUGCCGGGAGGCGCCGUGCAGCCAGCUGGAAACUUGUGAGCAGAAGGAGGGUGCCUUCUACUGCCAGUCUACGCGCACCAGCACCUGUGUGGUUUUCGGUGACCCUCACUACCACACCUUUGAUGGCUUCCUCUACCACUUCCAGGGCACCUGCUCCUACCUGUUAGCUCGGCCCUGCUGGGAGGUGGCUGGCCUGCCCUUCUUCAGCGUGGAGGCCAAGAAUGAGAACCGCGGCGUGGCCUCUGUGUCCUGGCUGAGAGAUGUCACUGUGCAGGUGUACGACCACAGAGUCAUCCUGCCUAAGGGCAGCCAGGGCACAAUACAGGUGGAUGGACUGAUGAAGACACUGCCAGUCCAACUCCAGCUAGGUGCAGUCAGGGUGUACCAGUCGGGCAUGGCCGUCGCCCUGGAGACCGACUUCGGCCUCCUGGUGACCUACGAUGGGCAGCACUACGCCUCCAUUUCCCUGCCCAGCUCCUACUUCAACAACACAUGCGGCCUGUGCGGUAACUAUAACGACGACCCUGCCGACGACCCUGUGCUGCCCGACGGCUCGCGAGCCGAGAGUGUAGUGGCGCUGGGUGGCAGCUGGCGGGCGGAGGACGCUGACUGGCGCUGCACAGAUGGCUGUGUCCAGAACUGCAGUGUCUGUGAACCAUUGACCGAGGCGUUCUACUUCCGCCCGGACUACUGUGGAAUCAUCAACAAGACGGACGGGCCUUUCAGGGACUGCAGGGCAGUGGUGGACCCAACGGCCUUUGUCUAUAGUUGUGUCUACGACAUGUGCAACAACAAGGACAACAUUACCACCCUCUGUCAGGCCAUUCAGGCCUACGCCUUAGCCUGCCAAGCCCUGGGGGUUACCAUACGAACCUGGAGGUCACGCACCUUCUGUGUUGCUACCCUGAAAUGCCCUGAGUCCAGCCACUACCAGGUGUGCACCAGUGCCUGCGCCGCCUCUUGCCCGGACCUCACCUCCCACCUGUACUGCACCCACCCUUGCACAGAGGGCUGCCAGUGCGACCCGGGAUACGUGCUGAGUGGCAACCGUUGCGUCCGGCACCAGGACUGCGGCUGCGAGCGUGAGGGCCUCUACUACCCUCUCAACGACACUUUCUGGGCGGGCCCUGCCGGCGAGGGUGGAGAGUGUACCCUGCGCUGCGUCUGUGGGCCCAACGGCGAAGUCUCCUGCUUCAACGAUUCAUGUAGAGAAGGCGAGGUGUGUGUGACAGAGUUCGGCCUGUUGGGCUGUUACCCUCGCAGGGAGGGGGUGUGUUCUCUGGGCCAGAAUGUUGUGACGGCCUCUUUCGACGGGACCUCCAUGCCCUUCCCGGACGACAGCUCCUACUACCUGCUGAGGUCGUGUGGGCCAAUGCCGGCCAACGUGUCUGCUGUGGAAGUAAAGAUGGGCCGGCGGUUGGUAAACAAGGGUCCAUACUGGAUGCGGCCCGUGGUGGUCAGGGUGGCCAACCUGGAGGCCCAGAUGGGUGGAUCGGACUUUGACACAGUGAAGCUGAACGGUGAGCUGGUACUACUGCCUUAUGUCCACCCACUGGAGACCCUAAUGAUCUACCGCGCCCCUGGCAACGCUACCGUGGUGGAGUCCAGCGGAUUGGUCCUAGUCCACUACACCCGUCAGGGCCUCCUCAACAUCUCUCUCUCUACCCUCUUUUACAACGCCACCUGUGGCCUGUGCGGUCUCUUCAACGGAAACGCCAGCGACGACCUCCGUCUGCCUAACGGCCGACUGGCCGAAUCCCUCAAACUCUUCACUGAGGGCUGGCGGGCCAUCGCUGACGACCUGACGUGCAAUGGCGAUUGCGACGACCUGUACCGCAUGUGCACGGACCUGCGGCUCUACCAGAGCCCGUGGAUGUGUGGCAACAUCAACGACCCGGGGAACAGCUCCUUCCUGGCAUGCCACAGUGCCGUCAACCCCUCACCAUUCUUCCGGAACUGCCUGUACAACAUGUGCAUGCGGGAGGGAAACCGCUCGGUGCUCUGCUCUUCGCUGCAGGCGUAUGCCUCGGCCUGCAAGGAUGCCCAGGUGGGCCUUGCUGCCUGGAGGAGUGCUACCAAUUGCCCCUUGCCCUGUCCGGAGAACAGUUAUUACAAUGAGUGCACCAGCGCUUGCCCGCUGACCUGCGCCGGCCUGGACGAGCUCGCCGAGCUGUGCCCAUUGCCCUGUCAGGAGGGCUGCCAGUGCAGGGAGGGCUUUGCACUCCACAACGGCCAGUGCGUGGCGCGCAGCGACUGCGGCUGCAUCAGCCCUGGGGGCCGGCAGCUGGCCACCAACCAGAUCUUCUGGAAUGACUGGGAGUGCCAGGAGCGCUGCUACUGCAAUGGCUCGGACAACCGCGUCUACUGCACGCUGACACCGUGCCAGGAGGGUGAGUACUGCCAGGAGGGCCUUGCGGGCCUCUACUUCUGCCAGCCGCACACUGAAGCGCUGUGCAUUGCCGCUGGUUACAGCCACUUCCUGCCAUUCGGAGGUGUGCCCUUCGAGCUGCAGAGUAGCUGUACCUUGAUCCUGGCUACAACGAGGUGCAACAGCGGAGUGGCGGGAGAGGAGGAUAUGGACCAGAGCACCGCCACCCGACCCAAGGCGAGCACCAGCGCCGACCUCCCUCGCUUCAAGCUGUCAGCCCGGAACGAGGAGAGGGACACGGGGCAAGCCAUCUGGGUGAGGGGGUUCAUCUUGGAAGUCUACGGCUAUGAGAUUGAGGUGUCUCGGAGCUAUAAACACACCAUCACGGUGAAUAAGGAGCGUCUGUACUUGCCUUUGAAGCUGGGGCCGGGGAAGGUCCACAUCUUCACUUUCGGCAUGCAGCUGGUGUUGGAGACGGACUUUGGCCUGAAGGUUGCCUUCGACUGGAACACCCUGCUCCUGCUCACGCUGCCUCGACGCCUCUACAACAGCACCUGCGGCCUGUGCCAGGGCAUGUCACUUUCCUCUCCACCCGCACUCUCCACCAGCAACUGGGGCAUGGCCUGGGCUGAGCAAGACACAUUCUGCCAGGUGGGCUGCGGCGACUCGUGCCCACGUUGUGGGUUGGUCGAGAGAGGCUUUGGUGCAGUGCGUCUGUGCGGGUUGAUCGUGGACCGCGGCGGUGUGUUUGCGCGCUGCCACAGCAAGGUGGCGCCGGCGUUCUUCUACCAGAACUGCCUGCAGGACACAUGCCUGGACCGGGGUGCCUCGGGGACCAUUUGCAACUGGUUGCAGAUCUACACCAGCACAUGCCAGACCCAGGGGUUGCGUGUGUUAGGCUGGAGGAUUGACACACCCUGUGUGCUGACGUGCCCAGCCAACAGCCACUACUCUAGCUGCAUGUCAGUGUGCCAACCGCAGUGCGCCCCAGCCCGCGGCCAGAGGGAGUGCACCCAAGACUGUGUGGAGGGCUGCCAGUGUGACCAGGGAUACGUCCUCAAUGGCAAAGGUUGCGUCCAGCCCCAGAACUGUGGCUGCUACGACGACGGCAAGUACUAUGAGCCCAAACAGCUGUUCUGGAACAGUGAUUGCACCAAGCGCUGCCAGUGCAUCGGCCGUAAUCUCAUCCAGUGUGACCCGCGCCGCUGCAAGGCCGAGGAGGAGUGCGCCCUGCGCCAUGACGUGCGCGGCUGCUACACCCAGCGCUCGCAGCAUUGCGUGGCGUCCGGUGGCGGUGUCUUCAGGACCUUUGACGGGGCGUCCCUCCGCCUGCCUGCCUCCUGCUCCUUCGUGCUGUCCACCAACUGCCACAAGCUACCUGAUCUCUCCUUUCAGCUCAUCGCAAACUUCGACAAGUGGAGCACCCCCAACCUCACCACCAUCUCCCAUGCAUACCUCUAUAUUAACGAGGAGAAUAUCCUGAUCUCCGGGAGCACCGUGAAGGUGAACGGCACUCCUGUGUCGUUGCCUUUUGUCACGGGCCUGAUGACGCGCGUCUCCACAUCGGAGGGCUUCCUGGUCAUCGACACGCCCCAGGACAUCCAGGUGCGCUACAACCGCUUCAACACGCUCAGCAUCACUAUGGGCCAGCGGUUGCAAAACAAGGUGUGUGGCCUUUGCGGCAACUUCAAUGGAGACCCUACUGACGACUACACCACCUCCCGUGGGAAGCCGGCCAUCAGCGCCCUGGAGCUGGCCCAGAGCUGGAAGACCAAUGGCAUGCAGAACAGGUGAGGGGGAGAGGACUGUGAUGAGACCCAGUACAUGGAGCUGGCCCAGUCGUGUGAGAACACAGCUGUGCUGGGCCUCCAGGGCGAGGAGGGGUGCCAGAAGCUCACCCAGAUGAAGGGCUUCUUCCAGCCCUGCCACGGCCUGCUGGACCCCAGGCCCUUCUACCAGUCCUGCUACCUGGACGGUUGCUCCAACCACCACAAGGCCCAGGUGUGCGGCUCGCUGGCUGCCUACGCCGAGGCCUGCCGCUCCCUCGGCACGCUCACCACCAAGUGGAUUGCCCAGGAGAAUUGUUCAGAAUGGAUCUACGACCCUUGUGCAGGAGAGAUCUGCACCAACAACACGUGUGAGCAGGAGAACGGGGGAGACCUGUGUGGCUGCCCUGAGCUGCCCAACAACGCUGGUGGCGAGGAUGACAUAAUCCAGGCGGAGGUGACAUGUAAACCCGCCCAGAUGGAGGUGUCCAUCUCCAAGUGUAAGCUCUUCCAGCUGGGCUUCGAGCGUGAGGACGUGAGGAUCAACGACCAGUACUGCCCCAGCAUUGAGGGAGAGGACUUCAUCUCCUUUCACAUCAACAACACCAAAGGCCAUUGCGGCUCCAUUGUACAGUCCAACGGCACACACAUCAUGUACAAGAACACGGUGUGGAUCGAGAGUGUGAACAACACAGGCAACAUCAUCACCAGGGACAAGACAAUCAACGUGGAGUUUACCUGCGCCUACGAGCUAGACAUCAAGAUAUCCUUGGAGACCGUGCUCAAGCCCAUGCUCAGUGUUAUCAACCUCACCCUCCCCACCCAGGAAGGCAACUUCAUCACUAAGAUGGCGCUGUACAAGAACUCCUCGUACCGCCAGCCGUACCGCGAGGGUGAGGUGGUGCUGAGCACACGGGACGUCAUCUUCGUGGGGGUGUUUGUGGAGGGGGCCGACGAGGACCAGCUCAUCCUCAUCGUCAAUAUGUGCUGGGCCACGCCAUCCCGCUAUAGCAACGACCACCUCCGCUACGUCCUCAUAGAGAGAGGUUGUCCCAACGUCAAGGACAAUACCAUCGGCAUGGCUGAGAACGGGGUGUCCCUCACCUGUCGCUUCCACGUCACCGUCUUCAAGUUCAUCGGGGACUACAGUGAGGUCCACCUCCACUGUGACGUGUCACUGUGUGACCACGAGACCAAUGCCUGCAAAGUGAACUGUCCCCACAACAGGAGAAUGUACUCAGACUACAGCGAUCACAAGGAGCAGACCCUCACUGUAGGACCCAUCAGAAGGCGAGAGUCGGACUGGUGUGAGGUGGGUAACGGAGGCUGUGAGCAGAUCUGCACCAGUAAAGGAAUGGGAGCUAUGUGCAGCUGUGUGACUGGGAUGCUGCAGAGCGACGGAAAGAGCUGUCGAGGUAGAAACACAUCAUCCUCUCACGUCUAUAGAGUGAAUACUGCCUUCAAGGUAGUGUCAUUUUGUUAGAAAUACAUUUUUCACCUAAUUGUACCAUUCUGUCAUAAAGAGCAACUUCAUAACAAACAUGUUUCCCAUCUCAAUAGGUUCAAUGAAGAAAAAUUCCUUUAACAGUCACGAGGGUUGCAAAAUUCCGUUAACUUUCCCAGAAUUCACAGGUUUUACAGAAAUGUAUUCCUCAAUUCAGGAUUUCUGCAUAAAAUGGGAAUUUGGCAAAGAAAAAAGGAAGUACAAUGAACGAGAGAUUGGGUCAAUUCCAUUUCAAUAGACUGAAUUGAAAAUGCAUUGAUCCCACGCACUGUACAGUGGGCACAUACUCUGUCUUAAUUUUUGAAGGUACUUACAGUGCCUUCAGAAAGUAUGCAGACCCCUUGACUUUUUCCAAAUUUUGUUGUUAGAGCCUGAAUUAAAAAUGUAUUACAUUGAGAGUUUGUGUCA